AGAUAUUCCUUUACUAGAUUUAUUUUCAUCUCAACAACUCCGCAAGUCCAAAAAGCUUGACAUUAAAUUGCUUUCAUCGACUAUGCCUACACGAACGUGCGCGCUUCGUUGAUUAUACAAUGCGAAAUAUUUGAGUUCGUCGCGUGGCUAAUACAGUAUAUGAGACUGAGAGUUAUGGAAGUUGCCUGCGCUGCAUCACUUGCAGUCUCCAUCCCGAUGCAGAGCAUCACACACACACACCCCUCCUCACUGCGGCACUGCACGUAAGCUGCAUGUCACACACAUUGAUUUAAAUAGUUCUUUCUCUUUAACCGCAUCGCAGAUGGAAUAACUGUAUGCCGUUCUUCAUUUAAAGAGAAAAAAGGAUAAUACAACGCGUUUUUAUUGAGCCGAGGACAGCAUAGACACGCCUUAAACUGACUGACAUCAGCAUGGGCAUUGAGAGUCAGGGCCCUGCCCAGCCUGCAGGAAAUCUCACACCAAAACAAGUGAAGACCUUUCAGAAUGUGGAGCCAAAGGCACUGGGGUCCAUUCAGAUCAUCAUUGCUGUCUUGUGUCUGUGUCUGAGCAUCACUAUUCUUCAGCUCUAUGAAGAGGUCCACUUCUCUCCCGAUGUCAUUGUCGUAGUAGUGAUUGUUUUUCAGUUGCUUGUGUCUGGAUCGAUUUUAAUCCAUGCUGGAAGGUUCCCUUCCCUGUUCUGGGUGAAAGCCACACUGGUUGCUCACCUGGUUAGCGCAGCAUUUUCCACUGCCGUUCUUGGCCUGCUGUCCCGCCACCUGCCUUACCGUCAGGACACGUACCAUUGUGAGCACUGCAGGAGAAUGGAGAUCUAUGCUGUGCAACAAUAUUGUUUCAAGAAGUGCACGUAUACUAUCGAGAGAAAUUGUAAACUCUUGAUUGAUGGCUUCUUGGCCACCUUGGUGCUGUUUCUGGUGGUGGAGUUGUCAAUCUGCAUUGUGACCAUUUUGUUUGGACUCAGUGCUCUGACUAAAGGUGGCCUGCAGUUGCCUGGUUUUGGACAGCGUGCAGCCCCAUCUCAGCCUGAGGUAGCCACCCCUAGCCAACCCCAGGUGGAGGUGAUGUUUUCAGAGGUGGAGCCGUUGCCAGAACGUGAGCCUGAACCAAAAUCUGAGCCAAUCGAAGAAAUCCCCAGCCCCCCGACUGAACCUCAAGUGGCCCCCAUUGACUCUAUAACAGACGUUUGACACUUCUUGUUCAUGUGCUCUGUAUGUACAUGCAGAGAUCAAUGAGGGUUUUGCAGUGGGGUUUUUUUUUUUUUUUUUCAGUGGUUUAUGAAAUCGACACGGUAGGACUUUAUAAUAUAGGGUGAUGUCAUUAUGCUUAACAAUGUAUUACCUACUAUAAAAGGCUGCAGUCCGUCUGCGGCUGUCAGCUAAGGUAGUUAACCUCGCAUGCCUGACAUUUAUGCCUGGUAACACGAUGCGGCCUCUAUCUGGAUAAUGUACUGGAUGAUGAAGAAUCACAUUAAUACAAGAUGCAAAAGCGGAGGUACAGCUGAUGUAAAUAAAACCCCUACAGGCUACUCGAUGACUGAUGGCCAAUUGUAGAUAUAGCAGGUUUAAAUCAUGUUAUAACUGUACAGAACUGUACAUUUCAACAUACUGCAUCGCAGGUAUACAUAUGUCAGGUGAGAAAUGGCAUCAGACUAACUGCAACAGUAAAUAUGUACAUGGAGAAACACUACAAGUGAAAAAAAAACACGUGUUGCUAUGAAUAUGUUAAUAUAUGUUAAACAAUGUAACAUAUUCUCUUAGUUUGUAAGUUUAUUUGGCCUCUUCAGUGUUAGUCAUUAUGAAUCUGUGAUAUAACCUGAUGACUUUUAGUAUUUAUUUUAAACCCAUAGGCUCACCUAAAACCAUGAACAGUAUCUUGGCAGAGUAGUGUAAACUGGUCUUAAUCAUGGUCUGAAAAAACUUUAACACAUAAGAUAUGUGGCCAUGUCUGUAUUUGUGCUCUCUACUGUUGAUCUUCUUCUUUAAGAAUCACUUCCCUGUUCAUAUAAUGUACUUCCUUAUGUCAUUGGUGCACUUUGAAAAUCUGUCUUUCAUUACCAAUGGUUGAUCAACUGGAGAGAGUUUGUGGAGGUGUUUUAUGUGUCAUUUUUGCCAAUUAAUAGAGUGACAGCUCACUUUUUCAGAAGUACUUUCUCACUGACUCACUCAUCAGACUCACAUAAUGUUAUUUUUAGCAUCUUUCUUGUAUGUAAUUCACCGUAUGAAAUGAAAUGCUAAUAAUACAGUCAUAAUCCAAGGUAAUAUAUCUUAAAGAUCUUACAAAGCCAAAGCAUUUUAUUGUUUCUCUUCUGCUCUACCCAAGAUGUGCACACAUCGUUUCACUUUUUAUUUACUUUCUUACUUCGUUUGCACUCGUUUACCUGAUGUCUCAUUUCAGAUAUUUUCUGGUCUUUUCUGACUAUAUCAUCAGUUAUUCGUUCAUUCUCAUGUUGAGCAUGGUGCUAUGACUUCAGUUUCCACUAGAUGGAAUCAAAGAAACUGGUUUGACAUUGUAAAGCAUUCUCAUAGUGUGUAUUGUAUUUUUGUGAAGUGUAUUGUAUUUUAGGUGCACUCAUUAAACUACUUUGUGCACUAAUAAUAUCAGAUUAUUGUAUCUAAUUUUACAUUUUAACCUCUUCAUUGCAUAAAAAGAUGCUGCUUAGAGUUGUAGUUAGCUGAUGUUCGUCAUGAUAGUUUUAUUAAGGGUACACUUGUCGCACGCACACACACAUACACACAAAGAUCAAUGUGGAUGUGUAACACUUCUCUGAGAUUCCAUGUGUUAUCCAACUUGGAGUUAAAUAUGGAAGAACACAACACUCAAAUAUGUCCAAAGUAAACUGCCAUACAAAACCAAAGCACAGUAAUGACACCAACAUCGUAAAUUAGAAAUAUGGAAAAGGUUUUUUGAUGUCCAGCCAAAUGUGGAUUAUAAAAUAGUCUCACUCCAUUUUCUCUGAAUCUGAGCAUAGUUGAGCCAAAACUGUCUGUCAUAAAGCCUCUUUCGGUUUUAACUCAGUUUAGACAAAAUGUGUAGUUAGUGUUUUGCCUUGGCUGGAAAAUAAAGUUCAGGUUGCUUGAAUGCAAUUAUUGAAUGACCAUACACUCACCGACCGCUUUACUAGGAACACCUGUACACCUUCUUAUUUAUGCGAUUAUCUAAUCAGCCAAUUGUGUGGCAGCAGUGCAAUGCAUAAAAUCAUGCAGGUAUGGGUCAGGCGCUUCAGUUAAUGUUCACAUCAACCAUCAGAAUGGGAAAAUUAUGUGAUCUCAGUGAUUUAGACCGUGGCAUGAUUGUUGGUGCCAGAUGGGCUGGUUUGAGUAUUUCUGUAGCUGCUGAUCUCCUGGGAUUUUCAUGCACAACAGUCUCUAGAGCAGGGCUAGUCAACUGGUGGCCCGUGGGCCAAAUUUGGCCUGCCAAUCAUCAAUUGACUGAUUUUUGAUCAAAUUGUUUUGCCAUCUGAAAUAACAAAGUUCAUAUGCGUGAGCCUCAGCAAUCAGCGGUGAGUUUAACAACGCUCAAUGGCAUGUGAAACAGCAUUCAGCCAUAAUCAGUUGUGUGGACCGGAGCGUGCGUUUAAACUUUUCUGCUGAUAGUUUAGUUACACUGCUUUGCUAAACAUGGAUCGCACUGUUUAGAUGAGCAUUUGAUAGCGUCUUUUUCAAUCACAUGUAUUUAUAUAAAAUUGCUUAGUUGUGUAGAGUGUGGUCAAAUCUACAGAUGUAAAAAAUGAUCACCGUAGUUGUGACAGAAAUGUUGUCAGCACAUAAGGCAACAAAAACAGUCGAUUAUGGAUACUGAAGGUUAAAAGAAAAUGCACUAUUCUUGAAGUGUCAAACGAUCAUGUCUCAUCUGUUCAGGGUCUGUAGGGCUUGGGAAAAAAAUUAGAAUGUGAAACUGAACUUGCAAAUAUCUGGAUUAUUUUUGGUUAUAUACAGCUGUGAAUCAGCCCUCUCAAUCAUGAACAGCAUCAACUCAGUUUGUUCUUUUCCCUAUGAUUAUCUACACAAAAAUCUGGCUCCUGCACUGGCUAUUGUGUUCAGCUUCACAAUAUUUGCAGGACUAAUUGUUUCCUCACUGAACAGGAUGAUACUUUAUAGAGAAAAUGGAAGAAUAGACAUUUUAUCUCUUCCCCCCCCCCCAAAAAGAAAAUUCAAUUUAAAUGCAUUCUUUAGUAAACAUGACAUUUUUAUAUGACCAUUGUUUUCAUAUGUGGGUUGAUAUUGUGAGAGGGUUUUAGCAGGUCUAAAUGUUUCUCAUAAGUUUUAAUAAUUUGUAAACAAUAGCCCUAAAAUGUUAAAAUGAUUAUUAUAUUUUUUGUUUUGUUUUUUAAAGUUGAUCGAAUAUUAUUUGUUAGUUAAGAGUAUAAGUCAUGUUUGUUCUUCAGCCAGAUCUUGUGAAGGAAUUUAUGACCUGACCUUAAAGAAUUAUAAUUCAAUAUACAAUAUACCCUGUUACUAUUUUAAUAUAAAUAAAUGCCCUGUAUUAAGGUUUUGUUUUUUUAAGUAACAUGUUACUUGCGAUGAAAGUGUUAACUAAGAUAAAUACGGACAAAUUUUGGGCCCCCGCCAAGUUUUCAUCUGGAUAAUCUGGCCCCCGCAAGAAAGUAGUUGAAGAGCCCUGCUCUAGAGUUUACUCAGAAUGGUGCCAAAAACAAAAAACAUCCAGUGAGUGACAGUUCUGCGGACAUAAACACCUUUUUGGUGAGAGAGGUCAACGGAGAAUGGCCAGACUGGUUUGAGCUGACAGAAGGGCUACAGUAACUCAGAUAACCACUCUGUACAAUUGUGUAGAGUUAAAGACUGGAAAAACAUAGCCUGGUCUGAUGAAUCUCGAGUUCUGCUGAGGUACACAAAUGGUAGGCCCACUGCAGCCUCAAUUUUCUGUUCUUGUCUGACAGAAGUGGAACACGACGUGGUCUUCUGCUGUUGUAGCCUAUCCGCCUCAAGGUUCAAUGUGUUGUGCAUUCUGAGUUGCUGUUCUGCUCACUACAAUUGUGACAUCACACUUAACAGCUAUUUGCAAAAAAAAAAAAAAAAAAAAACAUAAGUAAU